AAACGGCCCAUUAGCGAGCAAGCGCUUGUGUUCAUAGAUAUUUCUAGCCUACUUAUUUCGAAAGCUAAUGCUUUAUGUUAAUGCUGUCGAUAUAGCUUUAUUAGAUUCAGUGGCAUGCUAACUAGCUAGCUCUUAAAUACUUUUUGCGAUAUAACGUAUUUAUACAUACAGAAGAUAUCUGCUAACCUUGUAAACUGACUUUUCUUGCAGGGUAAAAAGCUAGCUGCACUUUUGAUUGUUAGAUUGCAGAGCAAACUUUAAGCGAACCGCUGUCAAUACCCGGCUGACCCAACAAGCACGAAAUCUAAGACAUAUUUAUUGAAAUAACGCUACCUCUGACACGUGCAUUAAACCAAACGAAGGCUAAAGGAAGAACAGACAGAUCGGAGGACUCGCCCCACACGCCAGAGACAUGCCUCGCAUCGAGAACGACAUCAAGCUGGACUUCAAGGACGUCCUGCUGCGUCCCAAACGCAGCACGCUGAAGUCCCGCAGCGAGGUGGACCUGAUGCGCAGUUUCUCCUUCAGGAACUCAAAGGGCAGUUACAGGGGGAUUCCCAUCAUCGCUGCUAACAUGGACACCGUGGGGACCUUCGAGAUGGCCGUGGCCCUGCACAAGUUCACUCUCUUCACAGCUAUCCAUAAGCACUAUGCUGUAGAGGAUUGGAAGGAAUUCGCUGCUAAGCACCCCGAGUGCCUGGAGAGCGUGGCCAUCAGUACGGGGACCAGCGAGGGGGACUUUGAGAGGCUGAGCGCCGUGCUGGCCGCUGUGCCUCAGCUGCAGUACGUCUGUGUGGACGUGGCUAACGGCUACUCCGAGCACUUCGUCCACUUCGUCAAGGACGUGCGUCAGAAGUUCCCCUCCCACACCAUCAUGGCAGGGAAUGUGGUCACUGGGGAGAUGGUGGAGGAGCUGAUUCUGGCUGGCGCUGACAUCAUCAAAGUAGGCAUCGGACCAGGAUCUGUGUGCACCACCCGCAAGAAGACGGGUGUGGGGUACCCCCAGCUGAGCGCUGUGAUCGAGUGUGCCGAUGCCGCCCACGGCCUUGGGGGACACAUCAUUUCUGAUGGGGGGUGCACCUGCCCAGGGGAUGUCUCUAAGGCUUUCGGUGCAGGAGCGGAUUUCGUGAUGCUGGGCGGGAUGCUGGCGGGUCACACGGAGAGCGGGGGCGAGGUCAUCGAGAAAAACGGGAAGAAGUACAAGCUGUUCUACGGUAUGAGCUCCGACACCGCCAUGAAGAAGCAUGCCGGCGGAGUGGCGGAGUACAGGGCGUCGGAGGGGAAGACGGUGGAGGUGCUGUAUAAGGGCCCUGUGGAGGACACGGUGCGAGAUGUUCUGGGAGGGGUGCGCUCCACCUGCACCUACGUGGGCGCAGCCAAACUGAAGGAGCUCAGCCGCAGGACCACCUUCAUCCGGGUCACGCAGCAGCUCAACACCGUGUUCGGCAAUGACAGCUAGGCCAAACGAGGACCCACAGCACUGCCCAGGGAGUCCCAGCGAGAGCCCGGCCGGCCCACAUCUCUCUCCUCUCUCUCUCACUCUGUCUCCAUCUCUUCUCCUUCUCUCACCCUCAUUC